GGCCGCAGGGAGGGGGCCCUCCGCAGGACCCCAAGGCGGGGGCGCGCACCGCUCAGCCUGCCAGCCGUGCCCGCGCUCGGGCUAAGGGGCAGUCCGGAGACCCGCGCGUUUCCAUCCCUUCGCCAGACUUGGCUCCUGACGUCUUCUUCCUGCGGGUGAAACUGGAGGAGACUGGGGAGCUGUUCCGCGUGGCCAACUGCCGCAGCGACAUGACAGUGCGGGAGCUCAAAGAGGAGCUGGACCUGGUGGUUGGCAUCCCCUUCAACCUACAGCGGCUGCAUUUCCUGGACCAAGGAAUUUUGAUGGAUGAUGCUACCCUGAAGUUCUACGAUGUUAUCCCUGGAGCAGUUAUUUCAUUAUGUAUCUGGCAUUAUGAUGGUUGGACGGAACUGGUUUUGGCAGCCGUGGAAGGGGACCCCAGUAAGCUGUCAUGCCUUGGCAUCAGUGAGGACACCUUCUACCGAACGGCCAACUCACAGCACUUUAAGGGUGAGCAAUGGAGGCAGUGGACCGCCCAGAGGGCGUUUGUGGCCUUGUACAUCUCUGCUCACAGAGGUCAUGCGGAUGCUGUGCGGUAUCUUCUAGAACUUGGAGCCAACUGCCUGGGCAAAUCACCCCUGGGCAGGACGCCCCUGCAUGUGAUUGCAGCCAUGGGCAGGAUGGACUGCAUCAGGCCCUUACUGGAACAUGGUGCCUACAUCCAUGAGAGAGACUCGAAAGGGGAAACACCCAUCACCAUCGCAAGGCGCCUGAAGCGCGAACAUUUCGAGCGCAAGAUGUUCCUCCUCUACUGGAUGAUCAAAUCUGGGAGCAAGGACCCCAAUGACUUGGUAGUGAGGGGGGCUCCAGAGAAAUCCAGCUCUGGAAAUGUGUCAAAAAGCCCUGUGUAGCUCCUCUGAGCACGUUUGCCCAUCACCCUGCUCCGGGGCAACCUUGCAGCUCCCACAGUGGCCCCCAUGACACUCAUUAGGCAACAAAAGAAGGGGCAGAUCUAAAUCAGAUGCCCAAUUGGUUGUCCUCUUACCAGUGUCUCUGGGAGGGUGUAAUGGAGCAGGUGAGCUCGUC